AUGGUCUGGUACAAGAGGAAGAUUGUCGUCAGCGACGACACUGUCACCAGUGCCGUCCAGUUGACGGCGAGGCAGUCGCUGGUUCCUAACUUGCUGGUCACCAUCUUGUUCUUCCUCUGGGGCUUCGCCUACGGACUUCUCGAUGUCCUCAACUCCCACUUCCAGUCCGCGCUGAGCAUCAGCUCCAGCAUGGCAGCCGGCCUCUCCGCGGCCUACUUCGGCGCCUACUUCGUCUGCCCACCCACCAUCUCCGGCUGGAUCCUACGCCGCUACGGCUUCCGCGUCACCUUCAUGACGGGCCUCUUGGUCCUGGCCGUCGGCUGCCUGCUGUUCUGGCCCUCGGGCAUCAAGAAGUCAUUCGGCGGCUUCUGCGGCAGCAUGUUCGUCGUCGGCGCGGGCCUCUCCACCCUCGAGACGGCCGCCGACCCGUUCCUGUCCAUAUGCGGCCCGCCGCGCUACUCGGAGAUCCGGCUGAACCUGGCGCAGGCCGUCCAGGGCGUGGGCUCCUUCGUCGCGCCCCUGCUCGCGUCGCGCGUCUUCUUCGCGAAGACCCUCGACACCGACCAGGGCCUCAGGAACGUCCAGUGGGUCUACCUCGGCGUCGCCGGCUUUGUCGGCCUGCUGGUCAUCCUGUUCUUCCUCGCGCCCAUGCCCGAGAUCACCGAUGCCGACAUGCACGUCCAGGAGGGCCAGAUCGGUGACUUCGACCCGGGCCCGUUCCGCAAGCAGUAUAACCUGUUCCUAGCCAUCUGGUCCCAGUUCUGUUACGUUGGCGCGCAGGUCGCCGUUGCUAACUACUUCAUCAACUUCUGCAUGGAAUCCGGGCGCGACAAGGCCACCUCGUCCGACCUCCUCGCCGUCGGCCAGGGCCUCUACGCCUUCAACCGCUUCGUCGCCGGUGGCCUACUCACCAUCCCCGCGGUGAAGCCGCGCUACAUGCUGGCGCUGUACCUGGGGCUCUGCUUCGUCUUCUCGGUCGCGGCCAUGACGACGACGGGUACGGCGUCCAUCGUCAUGCUCAUGCUCGUCCUGUGCUUCGAGUCGGCCUGCUUCGCCACCAUCUUCACCCUCGGCCUCCGCGGCCUGGGCCGCCACACAAAGAUCGGCGGCUCCCUGCUCGUCGCCGCCAUCUCCGGCGGCAUGGUCUUCCCGCCCAUGACCGGCGCCGUCGUCGACUCCAAGGGCGCCCACACCGCCAUGGCCAUCCCCAUGAUGGGCUAUAUCCUUGCCUGGGUCUAUCCCCUCUACGUCAACGUCUUCAACCGGGAGGUCAUGGACACCCAUCGCGCGACCAAGGUCGGCAUCGAGCCUGUGAGUGAUAAGACGCUGCAGCUGGAGGCUCAGACCUCCCAGGGGCAGACGACGGCCACCGAGAUCAAAUAA